GAAUGCGUUAGUAUAAAGAAGAAAAGAAGACUAUAAUCUUUGUAGAAGAUAUUGGUUAACUGAUAUGCGUAUAAACAUUCUAUCAAUCAGUAUGGAUAAAGUCAACGUAUUUUUACUGUGUCUCUUCUUCAGUUUGUUCUUCACAUCAGGUUCUGACGGAGCAAAGCUUGAUUUUUAUCCAUCGAAAACUUUAACAAUUGGAGCCCCAAAACUGACAUUAAAUUGCACAAUUGAUCCAACGUUUAAUAUGCUGUAUAUAACAACACUGGCAAUUAGAAAAAGAGAAUAUAACCCGUCUGUACUUUUAACAUACGCAGAACUCUCGUUCGGUAGAACGAAACCAGUGUAUGGUUCAGGAAUAUCAACCUCUAGAUAUCAUGCUUCUGGACAAGUUAUUAGAGACGACUUGCCCUCAUCCUAUUUACAAUUAGAGGUUACAGAUCCAAACUGCAAUGACGAAGGAACGUAUGAAUGUUAUAAUUCUGGAUCUAACAAUCAAGGAGCUGUCAAAACUCCUUCCAGUGGAGACAAUGUCAUAAUCAGAGAUGCGCCUGUGUUUGGAAACUUGACGAUGGCUGUCUUACCAGAACAACAAAUUUACUUGGUAAACUCUGUGAUGAAUAUUGUUUGUAGCGGAAAUGUUGGCUAUAAACAACAAGACUGGACAUGGCAAUGGAGAAAUGAUACCGACCAAACAUGGCUUCCGUACCCUGACGCUUAUAAUAUCACUUACGAAGACAUAACACCUCCAGAUGGUCGGUGUAGCUACGUUUCAAGAAGUACGUUAAAAUAUUUAGUGGAAGACAGGGAAAAUGGUAUACAAUUCAGAUGUAUGGUGGGUGAUCUAGAACAAUUCAGUUUCAAUUUGACCGUUUACUCCACAACGACAGUAGUGAACCCGACGCUUGGUACUACAACGGUUCCGCAGCCAGGUGUAGUGAACCCGACGCUUGGUACUACAACGGUUCCGCAGCCAGGUGUGAACCCGACGCUUGGUACUACAACGGUUCCGCAGCCAGGUGGUGGUGGUGGUGGUGAUGAUAAUUCAGAUUUAGAAGUAGUUGGUAUAGCUGUAGGUCUGGUAUUGGUAGUAAUCAUAGUACUAGUGGGCGUUCUGCUGUAUUUCACCAUUUGGAAAAAACGUAAACUUAAAGUGACAGACCAAGAAUAUGAUAUUGGAACGAGUAAAUUACCUGUUAUAUCUAAUGGUGUGCCACCCACAUCGACAAAAAUGUGAUGAGUGCGUUUUAGGAUUUGUCACGAAAACUCUUAACAUAAAUAAUCACCCAACCAAAUCAUCUUCAGGACUGUUUCUCAAUUGUACAGUGACGAUCAGUACUAACAAACUGACAUUGGUUACGUUCCUUUCUUUUCAAGUCUCGAUUGUAAAUCCGUUCUCUAAUGACAAUUUAUUACAAUAUCAUGCAUGGAUGAAUGCAAUAUGUUUACCCAGUGAAAUCCCUAAACGGUAUAUUAAGGUCUUCUAAUUGAUCCGACCGGAUGUGAAUGGUGCAGUCAGAACAUUGAUAAAUACAAGACGGACUACAGGGUCUAUGGGCACAGUUUAAAUUACCAUUGCGUCAUUUUAGCGUAAUAGGAAUCCCUUGCGAACUACAAUAUUGUGAAAGAUCAAUCUCUGAAGGGAGUAUCUGUCCAAAAUGGCUCAAUUCCGUUCCGUACUUACACAGAUAUGUUGAAUUGAAAUUUCAUCGCUUUGUAAUUAGCCCGCCGCCAUGUUGUUGUGGCAAUAAAUUGGAUGCCAUCGUGUAUCAUGUUACUAAUUAAGACGCAGAAAAAUACAAACCAUACAAUACAAGACUAUAAAAUAUUCGGUCACGUUGAUGAUAAUCCUGUCUGCUUCUGCGUUCACAACUUCGAAUAUGCCGAACACUAUCUGCCUGUAUUCUCCUUUGAUUUAGAUGUAAGAUAUCAGACAACCACCAACCUGAAUUAUGAUUGUGAAAUCACCAGAUGUCUACUGUUCCAGGAACAUAUGACACGAGACAAACGCAUUCAUCUAAAAAAAAGUGCCACAAUAUAAUUAUAAUACCGUAAAUUCAGGGGUUGUUUUUAGAUCUAUGAGCAUUCAUCGUGUAUCCUGACUUUUCCAAGCUGAUUGUAGGGAGUUGACGAUGAUGUAUGGUUGUGCGUUUUUUAGGGCUGAGGCAUCUAGGAUUCUCUUUUAUGAAGAUUGUUUUCUGAUCUAUGUACAGUCAUCGUAUAUCCUGGCCUUGCCCAGCUGAUUUUAGAGAGUUAGAGAUGUGCAUUGCUUAGUGCUGGGUCGUCUAGGAUUCUCUUCUUCUAAGAUUGUUUUCAGAUCUGUAUGCAGUUAUAGUGUAUCUUCACCUUUCCCAACUGAUCUGGGAGAGUCGGCGAUGAUCGAAGGUAGUGUGCUAUUUCCACGCCCACAUUCAUAAACUGUUCCGCCUAUUCAAAUAGUAAUAAGCAAUGUUUCUAUAUUAUGUAUUUUAUAUGUUCUAUAUUCUGUAAUAAUGUAUUUAUGUGUAAAUAUACUGUAUAUAAAUCGACUAAUCCAUUGAAA